AGAGAGGGGAGGAGGGGGAGAAGAGGAGGGGUCUCCCGUGGGGCUGUGUGUGUGCCUUUCGGGGGAGAAGCGGCUGGCGCGCGCACUUGCCUCCAAAAGAAAGAGAGAGAGAGCCACGGCAGCAGCAGCAGAGGAAUCGGCACCGUGGGGAGAUUUUGAGGAAUUCCUAGAAUGUGGUUUGACUUUCCUUUACCAGACCUUUAAGGUACAGAGGGAUUGGCACAGACAUUGCCAUGAAACCUAACCUGAAGCAAUGGAAACAAGUAAUGCUGUUUGGAAUAUUUGCAUGGGGCCUCCUAUUCCUGGUGAUCUUCAUCUAUUUCACAGAUAGUAACACUGCUGAUGCAGUUCCCAGUUCUUUUUCUUACAUUGAGACUAAAAGGCUUCUGCCUAUUCAGGGCAAACAGAGAGCUAUCAUGGGAGCCAUACAUGACCCAUCCUUUUCCGAAACAGCAGUUGGGAAUGAAGUGCUGCUCAGUGAUGAUGUCUUAGACUCAUUUAAAUCAGGAACUGGGAACAUUAAAAAGUGGACUGACUUAGAGGAUGACUUUGAAAGCGAGGAAGAAUUUUUCCCUUCCCAAUUAAGUAGAAAAUCAAAAAGUGCUUUUUAUCAAAGGGAUAGUGAUUAUUUAUUUGCUGCUGGUCAGCCUCAGUCACAGAGCAGUGUUCAGCAAAUAGUGAAAUUAAUCUCUGAAGAGGGGGAGGAUCAGACGAGAAAGGCUUUGCAGAAUAAUUGGCUCUCUCAAAGGAAGAUAAAGAGAAGGCACACAAGACAAAGAAGAAGCCAAAUGUUUGAAGAGUCUGAUGAGUGGGAUGGAAUAUAUUCUACAAUGUCAAAAUCGUUCCUGUACAGGCUUUGGAAAGGGGACGUCUCCUCCAAGAUGCUGAAUCCUCGCCUCCAGAAAGCAAUGAAAGAUUACCUGAAUACCAAUAAGCACGGAGUGCGGUUUAGAGGGAAGCGAAACUCCAAGCUGACUUCUGAACAGCUCUUCUGUGAGCUCAAGGCACGGGUGAACAUCCGAACCAUUGAUGGCAAAGAAGCCCCCUUCUCUAUCCUUGGAUGGGAAAAACAUGUGCCCCAGAUUUCUCUGAGUAAACUAUAUCCAGAUGGGUUUGGAAGCUGUGCUGUCGUGAUGUCUGCCGGUGCCAUACUGAACUCUUCUCUAGGGGAGGAAAUCGAUUCCCAUGAGGCAGUUCUUCGAUUCAAUUCAGCUCCAACCCGAGGUUAUGAAAGAGAUGUUGGAAAUAAAACUACCAUGCGUAUUAUUAAUUCCCAGAUUCUUACUAAUCCAAACCAUCACUUCAUCGAGAACCCUUUAUAUAAAGAUGUUAUCUUAGUAGCUUGGGAUCCUGCUCCCUAUUCUGCAAAUCUCAAUGUGUGGUUUAAGAAACCAGACUACAAUUUGUUUACUCCAUAUGUACAACAUCGCAGAAAGAAUCCAAACCAACCAUUUUACAUUCUCCAUCCAAAAUUUAUAUGGCAGCUCUGGGAUAUCAUUCAAGAAAACACCAAGGAAAAGAUACAACCCAAUCCGCCUUCUUCAGGUUUCAUUGGAAUCCUCAUCAUGAUGUCAAUGUGCCAUGAAGUGCAUGUCUAUGAAUACAUUCCUUCAGUCCGACAGACAGAUCUUUGCCACUACCAUGAACUCUACUAUGAUGCAGCAUGUACCUUGGGGGCCUACCACCCACUGCUUUAUGAAAAACUGUUGGUGCAGAGGAUGAACAAAGGUUUCCAGGAUGAUCUGUACCGAAAAGGAAAAGUAAUUUUGCCAGGGUUCAGGUCAGUGAAGUGCCCUGGACAUAAUCGGUUUCCAUAUACAUAAUGGUGAAUCUUUCUAAAACAAUGUGCAAUAAGGUGCUACUGUCAUACUGAUAACAAACAACGUACUUGAAAAUGUGUCCUAGACCAACCUAGUCUACAAUCUGUAAGCUAUCAUUAACUAGAAGGCACAAAGGAAGUCCUUCCUUUUGGAGCCUUAUUAUUUAUUAUUGCUUUGUAAACUGGUCUUUCUUCAGGCUCAACUUUUGUGAGAUGCAAAAUACAAGUGAAGGGAAACUAUAGUGAGUAUUUAUUUGCACAUGGGGUCUGCCAAAAACACAUCAGACAACUAUGUCGCAUGGGUAAGAUUCCUGUCCUUUAGACACAGCCUUUCAAUGGCUACAUCUUUACACAACUGAGUAAAA